AUGUCAUUAGUGGGCUGGAGAUCCGAAAAGUAAUAUUUAUUUUCUACUUUAUGUUCUUUCAUUUCUAGAAGACACUUUAUGUCUCUUUUCUUCUAGAAGGGAUUUUAAUGUGGUUUAGUUUGUACCUAAGAUCUAUUUAGGAUCUCUAAAUAUCAAAGUCUUAGAUUUGCUUAGGAUCUUUAAUUAUUAGAGUCUCUGCUUAAGAUCUAUUUAGUAUAUCUACCUAUUAGGACCACAUACUCUAACUAUCAUAGUAAGUUAAAGUAUUUUUAGAAGAUCUAUCUAAGAUCUUAGUCUAUCAAAGUCUAUUUUAAAUUAUUUCAGAGUUAUUCAGAUUGUGUCCUCAUGAUCUAUCAGGAUCUUCUUUUUGAGAGCGCCCAACCUUUUUGCUAGGCCUAUAUAAAUGCUCCUAUUAUAACUUGAGUUACUCACCUUUUAGUUGAAUUGGUUUUCUCUAUUGUGAGAAUCUUUUUCUCUUGUGGAUUCAAACACCCCCUUGUAGAUUCAAGGGUUGAAGACUCUGAAUCUGUGGAUUCAAAAGUUAAUUUCUUCUCCAAGAUUGGAGCUUUGUAGAUUCAAGCCUAAAUCUUAUUUAUCUUUUAUGUUAUUACUACGUCAAUUAGUAUUAGAACAAGUCAACGUUUCAAUAAAGGUUCAAUAAAGUCACGAGAUAAAUUUACUCAUAUUGGUGUUGCUGAUUCACUUGAAGUUUUUCCUAUCUCAAAAUUAGAUUUUAUUACAAUUUAAAAUCGAAUAGAUCAAAAAUUUGAUAAUAUUAGUGAAACCUUGAAACAACUUUUGAUAAGAAUGAGUACAUUAGAGAGUCAUUCAUGCCCUCUUGGAGAUCAUGAAAUCAGACAUCUUCAAAAAUUCAGUUAUGUUGAAUCUUCGUCAUAUACUCACUAUAUGUCUAGGUCUACAAGUUUUAAAUCAAGAUUUGAAGAAGAUAAUUUUUGGAAUUUUCAUAUGAAGAUUGACUUACCAUAUUUUAAUGGCAUUUGAAGAUUGAAGAGUUCUUAAAUUGGUUAGUUGAAGUAGAACGAUUCUUUAAGUAUAUGAAAAUUUCUAAUGAAAAAUAAGUAAAGUUAUUGGCUUAUAAAUUGAAGGGUGGAGCCUUUGCUUGGUGGGAUCAAUUAUAAAUCACACGUACAAGGUCAAGAAAGAACCUAUACCAUCAUGGGAGAAAAUGAAGAAACUCUUGAAAUCUCAUUUUCUUCCCCAAGAUUAUGAACAAAUUUUAUAUCAACAUUAAAAAAAUUGUAAACAAGAAAAUAAAUCAGUUUUAGAUUAUGCUGAAGAAUUUUAUUAUUUAUCUUCUCAAAUUAACUUGACAAAAUCUGAGUUAUAUAUGAUUUUAAGAUUUAAAGGUGAUCCUAGAUGAGAAAUGGAAGAUAAAGUAGCUUUACAAUUAUUUUCUAAGCUUAAUGAUAUCGUAAUGGUUGUAGAGCAUGUUGAAGAGUUAUUACAGAAAGGAAAAACCAAAAUUUGAAAUUUUAGAAGCCAGAAUUCAACUCUUCAACAAAAUAGAGAAAGAUCUACUAUUGUUUCUUUUAUACCGCAUAAUGGGUGAUUGAAUCAAAGUUCUAUUAGAUCAAGUAAAGAAAAUUCUUCUACCUAAUUCUCUACUAACAAAAAUCCUUAUACUCCUAAUGUCAUUCCUAAAUAUUACUGGUGUGGAAAAAAUUGACAAAAAUUAAAUUUGUCCUAAACAUGGCAUAGUAAACCUUAUAGAUUAUAUCAUAAAGGAAAUUGAAUAUGAAGAAUCAGAAAUUGAAGGUGAGGUAGAAGAAAAUUAUAUUCAAUUUGAUACUAGACGUACUAUCAUAUUCAUUUGGACAAUGUCAUAACAGUUUUAGAAUAAGGUGCACUGUGAAUUCUAAGGUAUGUGAUAUAAUUAUUGAUAGUGGCAAUAUUGAGAACAUUGUCUCUUCUAUUGUGGUUAAAAAAUUAAGUUUGCAGACAUGCUCACACCCUCAUCUAUAAGAAAUUGAUUAAAUAAAAAAAGAAACAAAAACUAAAGUUUUAGAGAUGUGUCUCAUCAAAUUUUUAAUUGGUAAGACUUAUUUUGAUGAAGUGCAAUGUGUUGUUGCUGAGAUGAAUAGUUGUCACAUGAUAUUAGAGAAACUAUGGCAGUUUGAUGUUGAUGCUACAUACUAUAGCAAGAAAAUAUUUAUAUUUUCUAUAGAAAUGGUAAAAAAUAUUUUAACUUCACUACAAGAUAGUAAUUUUAACAAAGGAGAAAAGGAAAAAAGAAAAGUAAUACUCAUCAACUAGACAGAGUUUCUCAAAGAGUUUGAUAUUAAUAUUGAAUUAUUUGUUAUUAAAAAAUCUGAUUCAAUAUCAAAAUAGCUAAUGUGACACCAAAAGCUAUUGAAAGUCUCUUAUCUAAAUUUUCUAUAAUUCUAGAACUAUCUACUCAUCUUCCACCAAUGCGAGAUGUAUAACAUCAUAUUAAUUUUUUAUAUCAUUAAAAAGUUUGCCUAAUCUUCCACAUUAUAGGAUGACUCUAGAAGAAAAUCAAUUUCUUCAAGAACAAGUCAAAGAGUUAUUAAAUAGAAGAUUGAUAAGAGAAAGUAUGAGCCCAUACUUUGUGCCUACUCUACAAUUUCCAAUGAAAUAUAAAAGUUGAUGGAUGUGUGUGAAUAGUAGAAUUAUCAAUAAGAUAACAGUUAAGUAUAUAUUCUUAGUUUCACGCCUAGAUGACAUGUUGGAUAUGUUUUAUGUUUCUAAAAUUUUCUCAAAAGUUGAUUUAAGGAGUAGAUAUCAUCAAAUCUGAAUUCGACUAGAAGAUGAAUGGAAAACUAUAUUUAAAACUAAGGCAGGUUUUUAUGAAUGAUUGGUCAUACCUUUUGACUUAUCUAAUACCUCUAGUACCUUUGGAAGAGUGAUGAAUCAAGUUCUGAAUUUUUUUAUUGGUAAAUUUAUUAUUAUUUAUUUUUGAUGAUAUUUUUAUUUAUGGUACUAUAAAAGAAGAACAUAUGAAACAUCUCAAAUUAGUGUUUAAAAUGUUAGAACAUAAUCAAUUAUACAUUAAAUUAAAGAAAUGUGACUUCAUAACUAUUCGUUUGUUAUUGUUAGGAUAUGCUUAAAGUGUAGAUGAGAUCAAAGUAGAUGAAAAAAGGGUUAGACCUUUUAAAGAUUGAUCGACACCAAUCAUAAUUCAUCAAGUUUGGAGUUUUCAUAGGUUGGUAUCAUUUUAUAAAAGAUUCAUUUGAAAUUUUAACUCAAUAACAUUAAUAGUUAUUUAAUGCAUGAAAAAAGGUAAUUUUAAAUAGACUAAUGAACCUAGUAAAAGUUUUACCAUAUAAAAGAAAAAUUAUGUUCUGCUCUUAUUUUAGCCCUACUAAAUUGCAAUAAAUUAUCAAUGCAUCCAUAGCUGACAUUAGAAGUUUAUUAUCGUAAGAAGCUCAGCUAAUAAUAUUUUUUAGUGAAAAACUUUCUGAGGUAAGAAAAAAAUAGACAACAUAUGAAUAAAAAUUUUAUGUUACGGUCCAUGUUUUACAAACAUGAGAACACUAUUUGAUUUAAUGAGAGUUUAUUUUAUAUACUAGUCAUCAAACUCUGAAAUCAGUUAAUAGUUAGACUUCUAUUGAUAGAAUACAUGCUAGAUAGAUCUCUUUCAUUCAAUAUUUUAUUUUGGUUAUUAAACACAAGUCAAGGAAAUUGAAUUGAGUUGCAAAUGAUCUUAGUAAAAAAAUAGCAUGUUUGGUGAACUUACGUGCUAAGAUCACAGGAUUUGACUAUCUCAAGGAAUUAUACCUAAAUGAUGAUAAUUUUUCUCAACAAUAUAUGAUAUGUAUGUCAGGAUUAUCAACUAAAAGUUUUCAUCUACAAGAUGAUUUCUUAUUUUUAAGAACACAUUUAUAUAUUCUUCACAACUCUUUAAGAGAAAAACUACUACAAGAAUUACAUUUUUCAGGUUUAAUAGGACACCUUUGUGGAGACAACUAAAGAGUGGUAUUAUUGGCCCAAACUAAAAAAAGAUGUAGAAAUUUUGUUCAUAAAUGUGAGAUUUGUCAAACUUACAAGGGAUAAAGUCAAAAUACUGGACUAUACACUGUAUCACCUAUUCCACAAAAUCUAUGGACUGAUAUUUUUUUAUGGACUUUAUAUUAGAUCUGCCACAAAACAUAGAGAAGAAUUGAUUCAGUUUUUAUAAUUGUCGACAGAUUUUCAAAAAUGGUACACUUGAUUACAUGUAAAAAGACAAAUGAUGCAAGUUAAGUAGUCAAUCACUUCUUUAAAGAAAUUAUUUGUCUACAUAGAAUUCCUAAGUCAAUUACCUUUGAUAAAGAUUCUAUGUUUAUAUUUAACUUAUAACAAACUCUUUGGAAAAGGUUUGACAUAUUUUUAAAAUUCAGUAGUACUAGUCACUCACAAACUAACGGUCAAAUUGAAGUUGUGAACAAAACUCUUGAUAAUUUGAUUCGUUAUAUUUCAAGAGAAAAGUCAAAAUAAUGAGAUUAUACUUUGGCACAAGUAGAGUUUACCUAUAAUUUAAUGAUUAAUCAUUCAACUAACUAAUCUCCAUUUUUCAGUAGUAUAUUGUUUUCCUCUAAUAAUUCUAUUAGAUUUAUUAAAAAUACUAAGACCAAUUGAAAUUAGUAUUACCACAAACAACAUGAUAGAUCACAUCAAAAUAUUUUAUGAAGGUGUAACUACAAUCUCAUAACAAAUUAUGAGAAAUAUAAAGUAGCAAUAGAUAAGAAAAAAAGAAAGAAGAUAUUUGAAGUUGGAGAUAAAAUGAUGGUAUACCUUCACAAAAACUGAUUUUCAAUAGGUAACUACAAUAGGUUGAAGCCAAAGAAAUAUGGACCAUAUCAAGUUUCAUAAAAGAUCAAUGAUAAUACAUACCUCAUUGAGCUCUCACCGAAUAUGACUAUUUCACCUACAUCCAAAGUUAGUGAUAUAUAUGUCUAUUAUAACAAUUCAAAUGAAAACUCGAGAUGGAGUUUUAUUAAAGAAGGAGAGACUGAUGUAGCCCAAGAUACAAGUUGAAGUCUCAACUUCAAAUUUGUGUCCACUUAUCUUAAAUUUAGACCAUAAAGUGAAGAGUGCUAAAAAGGAGUCCACAUAUGUCAAUAUAUCUACCUAUCAGAGUCUGUUUAAGGUCAUUUCAAAGUUAGUCAGAGUAUUUUUAGAGGAUAUGUCCAAGAUUUCAAUCUAUUAGAGUCUGCGAAGUCAUUUUAGAGUUAGUGAGACUCUAUUCUUAGGAUUUGUCAAGAUCCUUCUUUUGAGAGCACUCAACUUCCUUUCUAGGCCUAUACAAAAGCCCCCAUUGUAAUAAGAGGACCUCACUUUUUAGUUGAAUCAAUUUUCUCUAUUGUGAAACUCUUUCCAUCUUGUUUGUAGAUUUAGACACUCUCUUGUGGAUUUAAGGGUUGAAGAUUUUGAAUCUAUAGAUUCAAAAACUGAUUUCUUCUCUAAGAUUGGAGUUUUGUGGAUUCAAACCUAA